AUGGCAAGUCAAGAACAUGACACUCACGCAGAGCCAGCUUUCCAUACGAACAGCCAAAGCAGCUGCUGUUCUUGGCAUCCAACCAUCAUCAUCCUCACAGAAAAUAGUUUGAUAUCCAAUACACUGUACGGAUAUCUUCGAGGUACCAUGCAAACAAAAUCCCGAUCCAUUGUGGAUUAUUACGAGCGCAAGUAUGAAAUUCUUUCAAAAUUCAAAGAACAAGACGGUGAAGGAGUUUUACAGCUCUUUGAACAGGCUCAAGAGGAUUUAAGAAGCGAUCUGGAAGUGGUUAUUCAAGCACUCGGAGCGAAUAUAGACUGUAUCAAGUUUUGUUCUCAAAAUAUAUUAUCGGAUCGAGAAAUCAUACGGAUGGCAGUCCAAAUGGAUGGACAAUAUUUGUCUUUGGUCGAGCAUACUGACCUUGCCAAGGAUCGUGAAUUAGUCUAUUUGGCUUGUUGCUCCGGUGGAGAAAGCGCGAUGGGUUAUGCCGAUUACAGCUUGAGAAAUGACAAGGAGUUCAUGUUGAACAUUUUCCAAAAUUGUUCCAUACCUGCCUAUCAUUAUCUAGGUGAUGAUUUGCUUGAUGAUAGGGAAGUAGCUCUUGCUGCUAUUACGACGAAUGGUCAAGCAUUUAGAGUGUUCUCUAAUGAUAUUAGAAAUGACAAGGAGAUGUUUAUGAAGGCUCUACGAACUGCACCCAAUUGUAUUGCUGAUGCAGGAGAUGACAUCAGGUAUGACAGAGAUAUGGUGCUUAAAGCUGUGAAAUUGGGAACAGAUAUCAGUAACAUCCCUUCACAAUUUGCGAAUGACAGAGAAAUUGCUUCCCUAUGUCUAAAAUAUAAUCACUGGGCAUUUAACCACAUUGGAGACGAAUUGAAAAACGAUCGUGAGUUUGUGAUGGAAGCUAUAAGACAUGGCUGUUCACUUUCGACCAUGAAUCAAUUUACAAGCGAUAAGGAAAUUGUCUUGUUAGCAAUCAACACUUCUGGAGGAGAGAGUAUUCAAUAUGCAUCUGAUGAGCUUAAAAAUGAUAAUGAGUGUGUACUGGCAGCCAUACGAAGCCAACCUUCUGCUUUGAGAUAUGUUGGUGACCAAUUCAAAUCCAACAAGGAACUUGUUUGUGAAAUAUUACAAACUCAUGGAUAUUUAUUUUACGAGCUUUCUGACGAGUUGAAAGCAGAUAAGGAAUUACUCUUUAUCGCGUUAAAUGGAUCACAUCCAAACGCCCUCACGUAUGCAAGUCCUGAGCUUAAAGCAGACAGAGACGUAAUGAUGGAGGCUGUUAGAAUCAACGGCAACUGCUUACAAUAUGCUACAACUGAAAUGAAAAACGACUUUGACAUUGUCAUGGAGGCCAUUAAACAAGGAGCAUCACUUGAAUUUGCUAGCCCUGAUUUGAGAGAUAAUUGGGAACUAUGCCAAGCAGUUUCCUUAUCAGACAAUUACCGGUACUUUGGGCCUAUGAUGAAGAAAAAUAGAGAUUUGGCAAUCCAAGCCAUCGAUGAGUUUGGGUGUAAUUACUCAUAUAUUGAUGAUAGUUUAAAACAAGAUGAAGAGCUAGCAUGGAGAGCAGUGAUGUCUGAAAAUAGUUAUGGCCUGAACAUUUCAGAUUUUGAUGAGAAAUUCCAGCACGAUAGGAGAAUGAUGUUGGAAUUGAUUAAGAAGAAUUCUUAUCAAUUCGAGCAUUUAUGGCAACCUUUUAAAAAUUUAAAUAUUAUUUAUUGGCCCUUCGGUGCCUCAAAGGAUCGAACACUUGUCCAACAAGCAGUACGAAGUGGCCUCUAUCAUUCAUAUCUUCCAUAUGAAUUUAAACAAGAUAGAGAAAUUGUGUUAUUGUAUGCCAAGAUGGGCCGCUUGAGUUUUUAUCAAUCGUUGAAUGAGGAGUUGAAGAGCGACCCUGAAGUGAUCAAAGGAGCAAUCAAAUUUGGCGUGUCUCUAUUGUCCAUUCCUCUAAAAUUUAGAAAUGAUAAGAACAUUUGCCUCCAAGCAUUACAAUGUCAGCCAUCUAGUUACUAUUAUUUACCUCCAAAGUAUGCUUCAGAUCGAGAAUUUAUACUAAACGCAGCAGCUACCGCGUACUCUCCAUUAAUUCAGUAUGCAAAAGAAUGGAACAACGAUAAGGAAAUUGUGAUGGAAUGUGUGAAAAGAGAUGGCUAUGCUCUGAACUACGUAUCUGAUGCCCUUAAACAAGAUCGUGAGGUUGUAAUGGAAGCUUUGAGGAGAGAUCCCUCUGUUUUGCAAACGGUGGACGAUACUCUCAAGAAAGACAAACAAUUGGUGACAAUAGCGACAUUGAACAAUCCCCUUUGUAUCACCUAUGCAGAUUCAUCUUUGAGAAAAGAUAAAGAGUUUAUUCUGCAGCUAGUACAACAAGGUUGUUCAUCCGUAUAUGAAUAUAUUGAUGAGGACUUGAGAAAAGACAAAGACGUCCUUAGAAAAGUUAUUGUACAUUCUCCGAAUAUGUUUCGAUGUGCAAGUAGCGAGUUGAAGCGAGACAGGGAGCUUACACUCCUUGCAGUAGCAUGUGGUGGCUCUUCCGUAUUGCCUUUUGUAGCUAGCGAAUUCAAAGAUGAUCCGCAAGUUAUUGAGAGAGGUAUUAUUGACAGCAGUGAGGGCAUGAAAUAUGCCAGUAUUCGAUUGAAACAAGAUGAAGAAUUUGUGAUGAGAGCCCUUAGAAUUUCUCCGUCAUGCAUUGAAUAUGUUCAUGACAAGUUUAGAAUGGAUCGCAAUCUUGUUAAGAAGUUGUUCGAAAACAAGCAUCAUAAUGACAUUAGCCUCUACAAUAUGGCGUUUUGCAUUAAGAAAGAUAGAGAAAUCGUCAAGAUGGCAAUUGAAGCGGUCUCAUACGAGUAUCAAUAUGCUCAUUACUCCUUACGAAAGGAUAAGGAGCUUACCUUGCUUGCUGUAAAUCAAACUGGAUCGUUGCUUCGAUAUGCCGAUCCAACUUUGAGGCGAGAUCGAGAGGUUGUUAUGGCUGCUGUUAUAAAUGACUCAAUCGCGUUGGAAUAUGCUUUGUGUGACCUCAAAGAUGAUGAUGAGUUAGUGGAGAUGGCAAUCAAACGAAGUGCAACAAUGUUGAAGCAUGCAAGCGAGAGAGUUUUAAACAAUCGUGAUCUUGUUUUGAAGGCAUUCAAAUACGGCUAUGAAUCAAAAGCUGAAGCAUUAAGUUACGUUAGCGAUAGCUUGAAAAAAGAUAAGGAAAUUGUGCUGUAUGCUGUGAAAAAACAAGGAGCAUCACUCCAAUACGCACACUCAUCAUUACAAUGUGAAAGAGGGAUUGUGUUGGCAGCUGUCAAACAGAAUGGGGAAUCUUUAGAAUUUGCUUCUGAAGAUUUACGAAAAGACCCUGAAAUUAUCAGAGAAGCAGUACGUCAAAAUGGAAGAGCUCUGGAUUAUGUGUGUGGAACAAUUGACAAAUCCUUGAUACUUCUUGCAGCUAAAACAUAUUAUCAGCUUUCAGAAGCUAUCGACCAUGACAUGCUACAUGACCAAGACAUUGCCUUGGAAGUUGUUCAUUGCAAUCCCUAUGAAUUUAGAAAUAUGGAUCAACAAAUACGCUACAACAGAGCUAUUGCACUCGCUGCUGUAAAGAAGCAGUGGUAUUCCAUUUAUUACACAUCUAAUGAAUUGAUGAACGACAACGAAAUGAUUUUAUGUGCUGUUUCACGGGACGAACAGACUUUCUUAUACUGCUGCGAGGAACAUAAGAAGGAUAGAGCGUUUGUUUUAGACGUGGUCAAGCUAAACGGUAAAACCUUGCAAUAUCUUGAUGCCUCUUUCAAGAAAGACCGAGAAAUUGUGCUAGCCGCAGUGAAACAGAAUGCUCAUUCCGUGCUAUAUGCUGAUCCCAUCAUGUUUAGCGAUCGAGAAGUUGUGUUGACUAGUGUCAAGAAUGGCUGUUGCUAUGUGUUAGUGGAGGCUUGUCAAGAAUUACAGAAAGACAAGGAAAUUCUUCUUCAUGCAGUUAACAGUGAUCCCAAAUGUAUUUACAUUGCUGGAAUUAAUAUAUUCCAAGACAGAGAUCUCCUAAAAGCGCUCAUUUUAUCGCGUCCUGAUGUAUUACGUUUCGCUCCUGAUGAGCUGAGAUGUGACAGAGAAUUUAUCAAGAAUGUGAUACAACACUUUGGAAGGGCUCUAAGUUAUGCAGAUGAAUCCUUUAGAGAUGAUCGAGAAAUGGUAUUGGAAGCUGUUAAGAACGAUGGUACCGCAAUCAUGAGUGCAAGCUAUAGACUUCGAAAUGAUCGUGAAAUCGUCAUCCAUGCCAUUGAAAACAAUGGUGAUGCUCUGCACUUUGUCUCGAGCCCUGAAUUGAAAUAUGAUAAGGAAUUAAUUUUAACUGCCAUUGAGAACAGUGAGUAUCCUCACUUUCAACAAUGUUGGCACCUUAACGAUAGAGAGAUCAUUUUAUCGAUUGUGAAAAAGAAUGGAUAUGUAUUGCCUUACAUGCAUGACAUCUUUUGGGAGGACAAGGAGAUUGUGAUGGAAGCAAUCAAAAAUUCUCCAUCCAUUCUUGAAUAUGAUCGCCAUUUCAAUUUCGGUGAGGAUCGAGAAUUUAUGAAAGAAAUUUUUGAAAAAUCGGAAUCAGCUCUUGUCUUUGCACCUGAUUCCAUAAAGACUGAUCGGGAGAUGGUUUUAUAUGCUGUGACGAAGAAUGGAAACGCCCUCAAAUAUGCAGAUUUUAAAUUCCAGAAAGACCUAGAAAUUGUCACAUUGGCGCUUGAUCACGGCUUGGAUAACAUUCUGUAUCCUUUCAUGAACGAUAGAGAAGUGAUCUUACGUGUAUUGAAACAAAACGGUAUGGAAAUAGCAUACUUGAAUAAUCCAUUGCUGCUUAAGGACCGAGAACUCGUACUUGAAGCAGUCAAAAAUGAAGGUACCGCAUUACAAUAUGUGCAAGUGGAAUUUGGAAAAGAUUUGGAAAUUGUGACAGCUGCUGUCAAGCAAAAUCCACAAGCCUUGUCUUAUUCAAUGUUGCAUCUUUCGGAUGACGAUGAAUUGAUGAAUGAGCUUGUUGAAAAGAAUGAAUUUGCUCUAUCGAACGCCUCUUAUCGACUUCAACACACACGUGAAUUUGUUUUGAAAGCUGUAAAAGCUCAUGGUCUUGCUUUGAAAAGUGCUCCCUUCGAAUUUCGUAAGGAUAAGGAAAUUGUGUUAGAAGCAUUGAAACAAAAUUUGGACGCAAAAGAUGCUGUACAUUUGGACUUGUUGAAUGAUGAGGAUGUGAAAACUCUCAUCUCAAAGAAGAUUAAGGAGAAGCUGAAAACGGCCAAACCAAAAGGUAGUCGAUAUUACUACUCGCCUGUACAAACAGUAUGUCUUUUGGGAGAGGAAAACAUGUUGCGAUAA